GGAGACGAAGAUGGCGGCGGCGGUGACGGCGUUGCCCGUGCGGCUGAGGACGGUCAGCCAGUGAGCGCGGAGACUGGUUCCACGCCGGGCGGGGGGAGCGCCAGGCCCGGCCCUGCUCCUUAGGCGGCGGAUCUUGCGGUCCCACCUCUAUCGGAAUCGACCUUUCCUUUUUACCCCCGACCCUCUCCCUGUCUUCCCCCAGCUUUCCCUUCAGAGGCCAUGGAGGACGAGGAGAGACAGAAGAAACUGGAGGCCGGCAAAGCGAAGCUUGCCCAGUUUCGACAAAGGAAAGCUCAAUCUGAUGGGCAGAAUCCUUCUAAGAAGCAGAAAAAAAAGAGGAAAACUUCAAGCAGUAAACAUGAUGUGUCAACAUACCAUGCUUUGAAUAUUGAGCACUCACAGAGUGAUGAAAUGUACAUAAAUAGUUCUCAGAGGGUAGGAACAGCCGUGACUCCUGAAUCCACAAUAAUCAAACGUGAUGAGGUCUUCUCUGUUGAACCAGAAAGUGAGAUUUCAACUACGGCAGAUGAUUAUAGUUCAGAGGUAAAUGGUUGCAGUUUUGUGGUGAGAACAGAAAAGCCUACAAAUUUAUUAAGGGAAGAAGAAUUUGGUGCUGAUGAUUCUUAUUCUGAACAUGGAGCACAGUACAGUCAGACCCACCUAGAGAUGAUGGAAAAUGAAUUGGCUGGUAAACAGCAUGAAAUUGAAGAGCUGAACAGAGAACUAGAAGAAAUGAGAGCCACCUACGGGACUGAUGGACUGCAGCAGUUACAAGAAUUUGAAGCUGCCAUUAAGCAAAGAGAUGGCAUCAUAACCCAGCUCACUGCUAAUUUACAACAAGCAAGGAGAGAAAAGGAUGAGACAAUGAGAGAAUUCUUAGAGUUGACAGAACAAAGUCAAAAAUUACAGAUUCAGUUCCAACAUUUACAGGCUAGUGAAACUCUAAGAAACAGCACUCACAGUAGCACAGCUGCAGAUUUAUUACAAGCAAAACAACAGAUCCUCACUCAUCAGCAACAGCUGGAAGAACAAGACCAUUUAUUAGAAGAUUAUCAAAAAAAGAAAGAAGACUUCAAAAUGCAAAUUAGUUUCUUGCAAGAGAAAAUUAGAGCAUAUGAAAUGGAACAAGACAAAAAAGUAGAAAGCUCAAAUAAAGAAAUACGGGAAAAGGAUACAAUCAUUGAAGAAUUAAAUACAAAAAUAAUAGAAGAUGAAAGAAAAACUCUAGAGCUAAUGGAUAAAGUCACAGCUGCUGAUAAAUUACUAGAAGAAUUACAAGAACAGGUUGUACAAAAGAACCAAGAGAUUAAAAAUAUGAAAUUAGAGCUGACUAAUUCCAAGCAAAAAGAAAAACAGUGUUCUGAAGAAAUAAAACAAUUAAUGGGGACAGUUGAGGAACUUCAGAAGAAAAAUCAUAAAGAUAGCCAAUUUGAAACUGAUAUUCUCCAAAGAAUGGAACAAGAAACACAAAGAAAGUUAGAACAGCUCCGGGCAGAGCUGGAUGAGAUGUAUGGGCAGCAGAUAGUACAGAUGAAACAGGAGUUAAUAAAACAGCACAUGUCACAGAUAGAUGAACUUAAAAUACGACAUAAGGGAGAAAUGGAGAAUGCUUUAAGAUCAUAUCCAAGUAUUACAGUUAAUGAUCAAAUAACGUUAAUGAAUAUGGCAAUAAAUGAACUGAAUGUAAAAUUGCAAGAUAAUAACUCUCAAAAAGAAAAACUCAAGGAAGAACUAGGAAUAAUUUCAGGAGAAAAGUCUGCUCUACAGAGACAGCUUGAAGACCUUUUUGAAGAAUUGAGCUUUUCAAGGGAACAAAUUCAGAGAGCUAGACAGACAAUAGCUGAACAAGAAAGUAAACUCAGUGAAGCACACAAAUCCCUUAGUACAGUGGAAGAUUUGAAAGCUGAGAUUGUUUCUGCAUCUGAAUCCAGAAAAGAACUAGAAUUAAAACAUGAGGCAGAAGUUACAAAUUACAAGAUAAAACUUGAAAUGUUAGAAAGGGAAAAGAAUGCUGUAUUAGACAGAAUGGCUGAAUCGCAAGAAGCUGAAUUAGAGAGGCUGAGGACACAGCUUCUGUUUAGUCAUGAAGAAGAACUUUCCAAACUGAAAGAAGAUUUAGAAAUCGAACAUCGAAUAAAUAUUGAGAAACUAAAAGAUAAUUUAGGCAUUCACUAUAAACAGCAGAUAGAUGGCUUACAGAAUGAAAUGAGUCAAAAGAUAGAAACCAUGCAGUUUGAAAAAGACAGUUUGAUAACUAAGCAGAAUCAAUUAAUUUUGGAAAUUUCAAAGCUAAAAGAUUUACAGCAGUCCCUUGUGAAUUCAAAAUCAGAAGAAAUGACUCUUCAAAUCAGUGAACUUCAAAAAGAAAUUGAAAUACUCAGGCAAGAAGAAAAGGAAAAGGGUACACUUGAACAAGAAGUUCAAGAAUUACAACUUAAAACUGAAUUAUUGGAGAAACAAAUGAAGGAAAAAGAGGAUAACCUUCAAGAAAAAUUUACACAACUUGAAGCAGAGAAUAGCACUCUUAAAGAUGAAAAGAAAGCCCUUGAAGACAUGUUGAAAAGGUAUACACGUGUUAACCAAGAAGAAAAAUUAAUUUUCAUAGACUCCAUUAAGUCCAAAUCCCAAGACUGUAACUGGCAAAAAGAAAUAGAAAUACUUACAGAGGAAAACAAGGACCUCAAAAAACAAUGUAUUGAGCUAACUGAAGAGAUUGAAAGGCAAAGGAACACUUUUUCAUUUGCUGAAAAAAAUUUUGAAGUUAACUAUCAGGAGUUACAGGAGGACUAUGCUUGCCUUCUCAAGGUAAAAACUGACUUAGAAGACAGCAAAAACAAACAAGAAGUAGAGUAUAAAAGUAAGCUUAAAACGCUUAGUGAAGAGCUUCAUCAUCUGCAAAGAAUAAAUCCAACUAUGGUAAAAAUGAAAAGUUCAGUCUUUGAUGAUGACAAAACUUUCAUAGGGGAACCAUUGGAAACCGGUGAUGUUGUUGAGAAAGAUACAACAGAACUUAUGGAAAAACUUGAGGUAACCAAGCGAGAAAAGUUAGAACUGGCGGAGAGAUUGUCUGAUCUUUCUGAACAAUUAAAACAGAAACAUGGUGAGAUUAGUUUUCUGAGUGAAGAAGUGAAGUCUUUAAAGCAAGAGAAAGAGCAAGUUUUAUUGAGAUGUAGAGAGCUAGAAAUCAUCAUUAACCAUAAACGGACAGAAAAUGUAAAUGUUUGUGAUGCUCAGUUAGUCUCUUUAAAAGAUGGUGGUGUGACUAUGACAGGCAAGGAUUCUGGAGAGUUAGUUUCUAAAAUAAAUAAAGAUUUUGUUGAAGAAUCAAAAAUAAUGGAGGAAGAUAAAAUUCCUUUUGAAAAUAAGACUGUUGGAAAAGAAGGCAAGCAAGAACAGUUGUUUUUGGAUCAUUUGCCAUUAGUGACAAAUGGAUCAUCACUUGGGACAACUGAACCAAGUAGAAAUGAUAAACUUCAGUGGGAACUUAGUGUACUUAAAUCAGAACAGAAUGAUUUAAGGCUACAGAUGGAAGCUCAGCGUAUAUGCCUCUCUCUGGUGUAUUCAACACAUGUGGAUCAAGUUCGUGAAUAUAUGGAAAAUGAAAAAGAUAAAGCUCUUUGUAGUCUUAAGGAGGAACUUCUUUCUGCCCAAGAGGAAAAGAUAAAGGAACUUCAGGAAAUACACCAGCAAGAGCUACAGAAUAUAAAAACGCAAGAAACAGGUGGUGAAGCGAAGCCUUUACAAAUGCUCAUUGGAAAACUACGCAAGGCAGUGUCUGAAGAAUGUUCUUAUUUUGCACAGACUUUUUGCAAUGUCCUUGGUGAACAUUAUACUCCUGCUUUAAAAUGUGAAGUAAAUAUAGAAGAGAGAGAGAGUUCUGGUGUUCACACUUCUGAAAAUCAAGAACUAGAAUUGCAAGAUUAUAGAUAUGAAGUUCAAGACUUGCAAGAAAAUAUGCAAACUCUUCUCAACAAAGUAACAGAAGAAUACAACAAACUCUUGGUACUUCAAACACGAUUAAGUAAGGUUCAGGGACAGCAGACAGAUAAUGUGAAACUUGAGUUUGCAGAAGGAAACCUACCAAAAGAGGAAACAGAGUUAUCAGCCUCUCAGAUGACCAGUUUGCAAGACAUUGAUGUCUGUCAUGAAAGCAAGUUAUCUCUGCAAGAUUCUGAAAAAAUUAAACAACUUGAAGGACAAGUUCAAGAAUUAGAAAACCUCAUAUCCUCUUUGCAGCAACAAUUGAAAGAAACUGAAGAAAACUAUGGGGCAGAGAUCCACUGUUUGCAGGAAAGACUUCAAGCUGUCACUGUAUCCACAGUUCAGCCAAGUUUCUCCAUUGAUUCAAUGGUAAUUACUGAAUCUGAUGUCCGGAAAACAAUAUAUCCUGGAAGUUGUCUAAACCAGAACAUUGAUGGUACAAUAGAGUUUUCUGGUGACUUUGGAGUGAAACAGGAAACAAAUAUGGUUAAGUUGCUGGAAAAACAAUACCAAGAACGAUUAGAAGAAGAAGUAGCUAAGGUCAUUGUAUCAAUGAGUAUAGCAUUUGCUCAACAAACUGAACUAUCUAGAAUAUCUGGGGAAAAAGAGGAUACUACAUCGUCAAAACAAGCACAUGCUUUCUGUCAGCAAGAACAUUUAAAUAAAAUGAAAUUAUCACAGGGUCAAACUUUUGAAGCAAUGGACAUGAAAUUUAAAGAAGAAUUUAAACCACUCAGUAAAGAGUUAGGAGAAAAUGGAAAGGAAGUUCUGUUAUCAAACAAUGAUAAUCUUGGUGAUAAACUAGAAUCGAAGGACCAUGAACUGACUAUUUCAGAAGAAAUGUUCUCCAAAGAUAAAACAUUUAUAGUCAGAGACCCUAUCCAUGAUGAGAUUUUGGUGUCAAGUAUGGAUGCUUCUAGACAACUAAUGUUAAAUGAAGAACAGUUGGAAGAUAUGAGGCAGGAACUUGUACGGCAAUACCAAGAACAUCAGCAGGCAACAGAACUGUUACGGCAGGCACACAUGCGCCAGAUGGAGAGACAGCGAGAAGACCAGGAACAGCUACAAGAAGAGAUUAAGAGACUGAAUAGACAGUUAGCCCAGAGAUCCUCAGUAGAUAAUGAAAACCUGGUUUCAGAGAGAGAGAGGGUGCUUUUAGAGGAGCUGGAAGCACUAAAGCAGCUGUCUCUAGCUGGAAGAGAGAAGCUGUGUUGUGAGCUGCGCAACAGCAGUACGCAGACACAGAAUGGAGAUGAAAACCAAGAGGAAAUUGAAGAACAGACCUUUAAAGAACAGGAGUCAGACAGAAAACCUGAAAAUGUGCCUCCUGAUAUUCUGACCAAUGAAAGGUUUGCACUCCAGAAAGCUAAUAACAGACUUCUGAAGAUUCUCUUAGAAGUUGUGAAGACAACAGCAGCUGUUGAAGAAACAAUUGGUCGCCAUGUUCUUGGUAUCCUAGACAGAUCUAGUAAGGUCCAGUCAUCUGCCAGCUUGAUUUGGAGAUCAGAAGCAGAGGCACCUAUAAAGUCAAAUAUCCAUGAGGAACACACAGGAGGUACUAAUGAGUCUAUACCCUCUUAUUCUGGAAGUGAUAUGCCAAGAAAAGACAGUAGUAUGUGGUCAAAAGUAACUGAAGAAGGGACAGAUCUCUCAGAACGGCUUGUGAGGAGUGGUUUUGCUGGAACUGAAAUAGACCUUGAAAAUGAAGAACUUAUGCUGAGUAUCAGCUCUCGACUACAAGCAGCAGUUGAGAAACUCUUAGAAGCUAUAAGUGAAACCAGCAGUCAGCUUGAACAUGCAAAAGUUACACAGACAGAGUUGAUGCGGGAGUCAUUUCGACAGAAACAAGAAGUAACCGAGUCCCUUAAGUGCCAAGAAGAGCUGCGAGAGCGCCUUCAUGAGGAGUCCAGGGCCAGAGAACAGCUGGCUGUGGAGCUCAGUAAGGCUGAGGGUGUCAUUGAUGGCUAUGCAGAUGAAAAAACUCUUUUUGAAAGGCAAAUUCAGGAAAAAACUGAUAUAAUAGAUCGUCUUGAGCAGGAAUUGUUAUGUGCAGGUAGUAGAUUACAAGAGUUGGAAGCAGAGCAACAGCAGAUCCAAGAAGAAAGAGAAUUACUGUCCAGACAGAAAGAAGCUAUGAAAGCAGAGGCAGGCCCAGUUGAACAACAAUUACUACAGGAGACAGAAAAACUAAUGAAGGAAAAACUAGAAGUACAGUGCCAAGCUGAAAAAGUGCGUGAUGACCUUCAAAAACAAGUGAAAGCUCUAGAAAUAGAUGUUGAGGAACAAGUCAGUAGGUUUAUAGAGCUGGAACAAGAAAAAAAUGCUGAGCUUAUGGAUUUACGACAGCAAAACCAAGCACUGGAAAAGCAAUUAGAAAAAAUGAGAAAAUUUUUAGAUGAGCAAGCCAUUGAUAGAGAACAUGAAAGAGAUGUAUUCCAACAGGAAAUACAGAAACUAGAACAGCAACUUAAGGUUGUACCUCGAUUCCAGCCUAUCAAUGAACAUCAAACUAGAGAGGUUGAACAGUUAACAAAUCAUCUGAAAGAAAAAACAGACAAGUGCAGUGAGCUUUUGCUGUCUAAAGAGCAGCUUCAGAGGGAUAUCCAAGAACGGAACGAAGAAAUUGAGAAAUUGGAGUUCAGAGUAAGGGAACUGGAGCAAGCCUUACUCAUUAGUGCAGACACUUUUCAAAAGGUAGAGGACCAAAAACAGUGUGGAGCUAUAGAAGCCAAAGCAGAAUUGUCCCUAGAAGUACAGUUGCAGGCUGAGCGAGAUGCCAUAGACCGAAAGGAAAAAGAGAUUACAAACUUAGAAGAACAGUUAGAGCAGUUUAGAGAGGAACUGGAAAAUAAGAAUGAAGAAGUUCAGCAACUACAUAUGCAAUUAGAAAUACAGAAAAAGGAAUCUACUACCCGCCUCCAAGAACUUGAACAAGAAAACAAAUUAUUUAAGGAUGAAAUGGAGAAACUGGGAUUUGCCAUAAAGGAAUCUGAUGCUAUCUCUACUCAGGACCAACAUGGGUUGUUUGGAAAAUUUGCUCAAAUAAUGCAGGAAAAAGAAAUAGAAAUUGAUCGAUUAAAUGAGCAAAUUACAAAACUUCAGCAUCAACUUGAAAUUACAACAGAUAAUAAGACAAGUACUAAGCCUGUUCAUACCAGUGAAGAAAGUGGAUUUUUUUGUCAACUUGAGGCUCUUAGAGCUGAAUCAUCAGCUAUCAAAGAAGAACUUGCCAAUUAUAAAGAGAAAGCAGAAAAGCUUCAAGAAGAGCUUUUGGUAAAAGAAACAAAUAUGGCAUCUCUCCAGAAAGAUUUAAGCCAAGUUAGGAAUCAGCUCACGGAAGCAAAAGAGAAAUUAUCCUCCUUCUUAGAAAAAGAAGAUAAGACUGAGGUACAGGAAAACAGAAAAGUGUGCAUAUUAGAGCCACUUCCCACUAAAGUGGGUAAAAGUCUGGCAUCCCAGACAGAGGGGACUCUCAAGGUCAAUAGCAGCAGUCAGACUCCACAAGUUUUUGUUAGAAAUGCAGGAAUCCAAAUUGAUUUACAGAGUGAGUGUUCCUCAGAAGAAGUCACUGAAAUAAUCAGUCAGUUUACUGAAAAAGUUGAGCAGAUGCAAGAACUACAUGCUGCUGAAAUUUUGGAUAUGGAAUCCAGACAUAUUUCAGAAACUGAAACUUUAAAGAGGGAGCAUUAUGUUGCUGUUCAGUUACUGACGGAGGAAUGUGGUACCUUGAAGGCAGUGAUACAGUGUCUGAGAUCUAAAGAGGGAUCCUCAGUUCCUGAAUUAACACAUUCUGAUGCUUACCAAACUAGAGAAAUAUGUUCCAGUGAUUCUGGAUCAGACUGGGGUCAAGGAAUUUAUCUUACACAAAGUCAGGGGUUUGACACAGCAUCAGAAGACCGAGGAGAUGAAGGGGAAGGUUCAACAGAUUCAUUUCCAAAGAAAAUAAAGGGAUUACUGAGAGCUGUCCAUAAUGAAGGCAUGCAGGUGCUUUCCCUCACUGAGUCUCCCUAUAGUGAUGGAGAGGACCAUUCUGUUCAGCAAGUGUCAGAAUCUUGGCUAGAAGAAAGAAGAGCUUAUCUCAGUACAAUCUCAUCUCUUAAGGAUUUAAUUACCAAAAUGCAAGUGCAAAGAGAUGCCGAGGUUUAUGAUGGUUCCCAGUCUCAUGAGAGCCCCCCAGACUGGCGAGGUGAACUCCUGCUUGCUCUUCAGCAAGUUUUCUUAAAGGAGCGCAGUGUUUUACUAGCUGCAUUUCAGACUGAGCUGACAGCUCUAGGUACUAGAGAUGCAGUUGGAUUAUUAAACUGUUUGGAACAGAGAAUACAAGAACAGAGUAUUGAAUAUCAAGCAGCUAUGGAAUGCCUCCAGAAAGCAGACAGAAGGAGUUUGUUAUCUGAAAUUCAAGCACUGCAUGCUCAAAUGAAUGGUAGGAAAAUGGCUCUGAAAAGAGAACAAGAAAAUGAUCAACCAGGCCAAGAACUCUUGGAGUAUAAUAUGCAGCAGAAGCAGUCUCAGAUGCUGGAGAUGCAAGUGGAGCUCAGCAGUGUGAAAGACAGAGCAGCAGAACUGCAGGAACAACUGAGUUCUGAGAAAAUGGUGGUUGCUGAACUGAAGAGUGAACUUGCACAAACUAAAUUGGAACUAGAAACAACACUCAAGGCACAACAUAAGCACCUAAAGGAAUUAGAGACCUUCAGGUUGGAAGUUAAAGAUAAAACCGAUGAAGUACAUUUGCUUAAUGACACAUUAGCAAGUGAACAGAAAAAAUCCAGAGAGCUGCAGUGGGCUUUGGAGAAGGAGAAAGCCAAACUAGGACGCAGUGAAGAGCGGGAUAAAGAAGAACUUGAGGAUUUGAAAUUUUCACUUGAGGGUCAGAAACAAAGGAAUAUCCAGCUAAAUCUACUGUUGGAACAACAGAAACAACUACUAAAUGAAUCACAGGAGAAAAUAGAAUCGCAAAGAGCGCUACAUGAUGCCCAGUUGUCAGAAGAACGAGGUCGAAACUUAGAGCUUCAGGUACUUCUUGAAUCUGAGAAAGUUCGAAUACGGGAAAUGAGUAGUACCCUGGAUAGGGAGCGGGAAUUGCAUGCUCACUUGCAGAGCAAUGAUGAUAGUGGGCAGCCUCGGCCCUCCCUACCCUCUGAGGACCUCCUUAAAGAGCUACAGAAACAGCUAGAGGAGAAACACAGUCGCAUAGUAGAAUUGUUAAAUGAGACCGAGAAAUAUAAACUGGAUUCUGUGCAAACAAGACAGCAAAUGGAAAAGGAUAGGCAGGUUCACAGGAAGACGUUGCAGACAGAACAAGAGGCCAACACUGAGGGACAGAAAAAAAUGCAUGAGCUCCAGUCCAAAGUGGAAGAUCUUCAGCGCCAGCUGGAAGAGAAAAGGCAGCAGGUUUAUAAGUUAGACCUUGAAGGAAAGCGACUGCAGGGAAUUAUGCAGGAAUUCCAGAAGCAAGAACUAGAACGAGAAGAAAAACGAGAAAGUAGAAGAAUUCUCUAUCAGAAUCUUAAUGAGCCAUCCACAUGGAGUUUAACCAGUGAUCGAACUAGAAAUUGGGUUCUUCAACAGAAACUAGAAGGAGAGACAAAGGAAUCAAGCUAUCUUAAACUGAUUGAAAUGAAUGAAGGAGGAGCUGGCUGUAAUCAUGCAUUAGAAAUCAUCAGACAAAAGCUUCAACAUGUGGCUUCAAAACUACAGCAUCUGGCCCAGAAGGCCUCCAAUAGAAUGCAGUUUGAAACAGCAGAUGAUGAAGAUUUCAUUUGGGUUCAGGAAAAUAUUGAUGGAAUUAUUUUACAACUACAGAAAUUAACUGGCCAGCCAGGGGAAGAGCCUAGUUUAGUGUCCCCAGGUACUUCUAGUGGCUCAUUGACUGAAAGACUGCUGAGACAAAAUGCUGAGCUGACAGGACAUAUCAGCCAACUGACAGAAGAAAAGAAUGAUCUGAGAAAUACGGUUAUGAAGCUGGAAGAACAGAUCAGGUGGUACCGACAGACAGGAGCUGGCAGAGAUUAUUCUUCUAGGUUUUCAUUCAGUGGUGGUGCCAACAUUGAAGCCAUCAUUGCUUCUGAAAAAGAAGUCUGGAACAGAGAAAAAUUGACUCUCCAAAAAUCCUUAAAAAGAGCAGAAGCUGAAGUGUACAAACUGAAAGCUGAACUAAGAAAUGAAGCUUUACUUCAGAAUCUGAGCCCUGAUUCUGAGCAUGCUGCUAUAAAGAGAAUUUAUGGUAAAUACCUGAGGGCAGAAAGUUUUCGGAAAGCUCUCAUUUAUCAGAAGAAAUACCUGCUGCUGUUACUGGGUGGGUUCCAGGAAUGUGAAGAUGCCACCCUGGCUCUGCUUGCCCGGAUGGGGGGGCAGCCAGCCUUCACUGACCUCGAGGUGAUCACCAACCGUCCAAAGGGCUUCACCAGGUUUCGGUCAGCGGUCAGAGUGUCCAUGGCAAUUUCAAGAAUGAAAUUUUUGGUUCGACGGUGGCAACGAGUCACAAGUUCUGGUUCUAUCAAUAUUAACAGGGAUGGCUUUGGACUGAAUCCAGGCACUGAAAAGACUGACCCAUUUUAUCAUUCUUCUGGUGGGCUGGAGCUAUAUGGAGAACCGAGACACGCUACAUAUCGCUCAAGAUCAGAGCUGGACUAUCCUAGGUCUCCUGUACCUUUUCAGAAUAGGUACCCAGGCCCUCCAUCUGAUUUAAAUCCUGGUUCCUUAGCAUGUUCUCAGCUUCAGAAUUAUGACCCUGACAGAGCCCUGACAGAUUAUAUCACUCGGCUAGAGGCACUGCAGAGACGGCUUGGAACCGUACAGUCAGGUUCAACCCAGUUUCAUGCUGGCAUGAGAAGAUAAUCCUUUGGAACAUUAUGAAUCAAAGUGAUUUUAAACAGAUUCCCUUUUGUAAAUCAGUUCUUUUGUGCUUUUGUAUUGUGGAUAUUCAGCGGGACCAAUAUGAACACAGCUUAUGAUUGUAUACAAAUCCCUUGCCAGCACAUGAAAACAAACUGGAAUUUGUACAUAAUAGCAUUGUGUAUGUAUUCAUGCACAAUAAUCAUUUAAUUACAUGUAUAUUUGUGGAAUGCUAAUUUAAAUGAUUAAAUUAUAAACCUUGUCUAUUUAUCGGAUGGGUGAAAAGAUUAAACUUUUGCGCAUUAUGAUACUGCUGAAUGUGUAGCUUGAGGUGUCCUGCACUUUUCUUAUAAGGCUACUGAAUUACAUGUUUCUGCCCUAAUAUAUUUGCUACUGGUGAUGAAGACAGAUACUAUCACUUGUAGAGACCUAUUUUUGUAUAAUGGUAGAAGUUUUGAAUUUUAUGGGGUAUUUUGUCAAGUACUGAAAUAAAAAUGACUUCACCAUUUUAA